GUUCCAGCCCAGCUGGAGUCUGCGGGCCUCACCGCGCCUACCCACCGGCAUGUGCGCCGCCGAGGUGGACCAUCACGUAGCCCAGCGAUACUUGAUCAAGCGGCGGCUCGGGAAGGGGGCCUAUGGCAUUGUGUGGAAGGCAGUGGAUCGGAGGACCGGGCAGGUUGUGGCCAUCAAGAAAAUCUUCGACGCCUUCAGGGAUAAGACGGAUGCACAGAGAACAUUCCGGGAAAUCAUGCUGCUCCAGGAAUUUGGGGACCAUCCCAACAUCAUCCGGCUCCUGGACGUGAUUCGGGCCGAGAAUGACAGGGACAUUUACCUGGUGUUCGAGUUUAUGGACACUGACCUGCACGCCAUCAUCUGCAAGGGCAGACUGCUGAAGGACAUUCACAAGCGCUACAUCUUCUACCAGCUGCUGCGGGCCACCAAGUUUAUCCACUCAGGACGCGUCAUCCACCGGGAUCAGAAGGUGCCACCCACGCUCCUCCCACUGUGUGCACCCACCUCAGCGUCCUCAAGCCCCAGCCCAUCAGCCCUCAGCUCACUUCCUCUCCCCCAGCCAUCCAACAUUCUCCUGGAUGCCAGCUGCCUGGUGAAGCUCUGUGACUUUGGCCUGGCCCGCUCUCUCAGCGACCUCCCUGAGGGGCCAGAGGGCCAGGCCCUGACGGAGUACGUGGCCACACGCUGGUACCGGGCUCCGGAGGUGCUGCUGUCCUCGAGCUGGUACACCCCUGGGGUGGACAUGUGGAGCCUGGGCUGCAUCCUGGGGGAGAUGCUGCGGGGAAGGCCCCUGUUCCCUGGGACGUCCACACUUCACCAGCUGGAGCUGAUUCUCAACACCAUCCCGCCACCAUCUGAGGAGGACGUCCUGGCUGUCGGCUCAGGCUACAGUGCCUGGAUUCUGCACCACCUGGGGUCCCGGCCACAGCAGACACUGGACGCCCUCCUGCCUGCCAACACGCCUCCGGAGGCCCUGGAUCUCCUCAGGCGACUCCUGGUGUUUGCCCCGGACAAGCGGCUCAGCGCAGCCCAGGCACUGCAGCACCCCUAUGUGCAGAGGUUCCACUGCUCAGCCCGUGAGUGGACACUGGAGGCGGAUGUACGGCUGCCGGUGCACGAAGGAGUCCAGCUCACGGCCCCCGAGUAUCGCAACCGCCUCUAUCAGAUGAUCCUGGAGCGCAAGGGAAACUGCCGCAUCCCGAGAGAGAAGCGCCUGGGAGACGCCCCCCCGGGGGCAGAGCCCAGCGCCCCCCUGCCCCAGGCGUACCCACUCAAACCCAGAGCCGCCCCCCAGAUGCCCUUGGGCUGGACCGCGCAGGACCCUGGACACAGGCCUCAGAAUAGCCCCGGUCACGACCCUGAGCAUGACACUCCUGGAGGAGCCAAGAACGUUCCCAGGCAGAAUUCGGCACCCCUGCUCCAGCCUCCGCCCCCAAGAGGACCGGAGAGAGGGGAAAGGGUACCUGGGGCGACGGCGGAGUGCCCCUCAGCACCCUCGUGGGUGAAGUCCAGCGUGCUGGGGGUGGCGCCCUCCCUGACCUCGCAGGCCGCCGCCCAGGUGGCCAUCCAGGCCCUGAUCCGGAAGGACCGGGACCCGAGCCGUGGGGUGAGGGCGGCCGGUGUGCCACAGGUGCCUCUCCCGCGUUCCCAGGAGGUCCGGCCAGGCCGAAGGAUGUUCAGCGCCUCGGCCUCACAGGGGGUCCAGGGGGCCGCUAGAGCCGCGCUCGGGGGCUACUCGCAAGCCUACGGUACCAUCUGCCACUCGGCGCUGGGCCGCCUGCCUCUGCUCCCUGGACCCCGCGCAUGAGCCAUGCUAGUCGCUUCCCACCCCACUCCGCUGGGGGGGGUAUAUCUAUGUGAGCAGCUCAGGCCUGUGUCCCACCCCCGCCCCCGGAUUGGCCCCCCAAGUCCCCAGUGCUCUCCACUGCCGCUUUGCCUGGCCACAUUCCAGUCCCAGGAAGCUUGUCCGGUCAUCUGUAGGGGAGACGAGCUUCCCACCCAAUCGCUUCCUCCAAUAAAGUCUCCUC